CAUAUCGAAGGAGUAUACACUACUCUUAUAGGGAGUGUUCCAUGUAAAUUAAAAACGAAAUCAUAGGCUUGCACAAAAUGUGUGAUGUUGCUAAGAAAUUAUAUCAGGUUUUCGUGGUCAUGUAGCCUAUUGAUCUAUACAUCAUUUAAACGUCUAUCUCUGGGAUGUUACUUUCACGUAACAAAAUGAAACGAUUUAGUCUCUAUUGGUAUAAAUUACUAAAUAUAUUUUGGUACUGGCAUUAAUUACAAAUACCCGGCAGUGUACUCAUUUCACUGUCUAUUGCAGAGUAACUAGCCUGCUACUGCAUUGGAGACAUUACCUGACGCUUCUGAACAUACUGCAUCCACGCAGGCGCUGUGGAUUUCACUCCUUUCCCAGAAGACGUGGCGGUAAUAGUUGCAAAGCACAAGCACAACGUUUGUUGCGAAGACCAGGUCAAUCGUAAAAAUGAUUUCGCUGACGGAUUCUCAGAAGAUUGGAAUGGGUCUAACAGGAUUCGGCGUGUUUUUCCUCUUCUUUGGAAUGAUCCUGUUCUUCGAUAAAGCCCUCCUUGCCAUAGGAAAUAUAUUAUUUGUUACAGGGUUAUCAUUUGUCAUCGGCUUGGAACGCACCUUCAGAUUCUUCUUCCAAAGGCAUAAAGCAAAAGCCACCAGUUUCUUCCUGGGGGGUGUAUUUAUUGUAUUGAUCGGUUGGCCCAUUGUUGGUGUGGUCCUCGAGACUUAUGGCUUCUUUUUGUUAUUCAGAGGGUUCUUUCCAGUGGCUGUUGGUUUUAUUAGGAGGAUACCCAUUCUGGGGUCUCUGCUAAAUCUCCCAGGUAUCAGUGGGUUGGUUGAUAAAGUUGGCGAGAGCAACACCAUGGUAUAACGGUAACUGAUGGUCACAAUGGACAUUUGCUUGAUCAUUCCCUAACAAUAUUUAUAUUUCAAAGUUUUACAUUUUAAAUGUUACUUUACUGCCAACACUCCUUGAGGUGGAUUUGGGCAGUCAAUUCAGACCUCUUCUCAUCUGAAGGAAACAUUUGUUUUCCUCCAUGAACUUUCAUCUGGCUACUGAAGUUACUGAAGUUUCGUUUUGACGAGAGAUAAUGUGUUGCAUUAAGUCUGUUGCCAUGAAAGAAAAGACCUAGAAGAUUUGGGGACUUGUUCCAGCCCAACCAAGAGACAUUCUGUGAUUCAUGGUGUAACGUGCCUCCAUCUGGUGGUGAACCAGGACUACAAACGUUGCACACCCUGAAUCAGCACUGUUGGAUCUGUAACUCCCUGUUGUGUGUGUGUGUGUGUGUGUGUGUUUUAAAUGUUGAUGUGAAAUGCCCAAACUCUGGUGAAUCAAGUGAGGGAACGAGCAGGCCAUUCUUUACAGUGCUGUGCUGACACGAUGGGAGUCUUGUGCGUGUAAAAAAACAAAAGGUUACUGAGUUUUGUAAGGUUGUUUUAAGUGUUGAUGGUUCUGUAUGUGCCACUGUGUCUGGGGAUGACCAGUGAAGUUUGUCAACCGUCAAUACAAGUACUCUGUACACCGAAACCAGAAUACUGAUCAACAUAAUCCAUUAUUUAUACGCUAUAUUUUUUCACAAAUUGUGAAAGGAAAUUCUUUAACCAAAUUCCCGGUAUCAAAAAAUGUAACUUAUACAUAUCCUGAAAUUACAAGCACAGGAAGUGUUGCGGAAACAUUCUGGUAGGGGGGGGGAGAAAACGGCCCAGCUUAUUAAUGUAUCUAUGAAAUUAAAAUGCCAACACAAGCAAGACCAAUGAGGGAAUGUUGGCUCACCACUCAUACCUAUGGGUUAUGGACAAAUGGCACUAGGGCACCUGGUCAUACACCGUGACGGGGAGUGUGAUAUUGUUCAUAACAUCAUGGUUGUGAUCACAGGCGUGAGUUGCGAGUGAAUUUAUGCGUUGCUAUGAUCACAGCAGCACCAGGGGUGCUUCUUGCCUCUUACCCUGUUUUAUUUCACUGUGGCUGUGAGUUUUCCCAAAUUCCUCAGGUAGUUAGACAGACAACGUUACUGAUCAAUCUGUUCAAUCGGUUCGUAUUACAUUGUCUAAUGUACCAAUGCAAUGAUAUGUAUGACAUCUACAUGCAACUGGGGAUAUUUUCAUUACGGUUUUUGUUUGAAUCUGACAGUGUUCUGACAGAAGAAUGGUAUUGUGUGAAACUGACUUUCUGUUAAUAUUUGUAAAUUAUACAUGUUGGAAACAAUGGAAACUGCCUUUGACUGAAAUACAUAAUGCUGACGGGAACCACUCAUUUAAUAUUGUGUUGUUGCGCAGGUUUCCUUUAGACUUUGAUGAGAUUGAUAUUUAUUUACUUGGGGAUGUACAGUAGGCUUCAGUUAAGUGAUGGACCAGUUCACAAGAUCUCUGAUUUUUAAUCACAAACCUGAAACAUCUGUACUUUUUACAAGAAUGAAAAGUAAAAUGUAUGUACUAAACUACCCUUGAGUGUUUUGCUAACAGUAGUCACGUUUUAAUCCUGUGGUUACAACAUCAGUUUUAGUGGCUGAAAGACGAAAUAUAAUUCUGCAAAAAUUAUGACAUGCAUAUCUUGUGCAUUUAAACCUUCAAAGUAACAAAAAGGGGUAUGCAUUCCUCUUACUGAAAAAAAUCUGAGCUUUAGCCAGUUGAAACCAGCCACUGUCAUUAGGGGCUGUCAGUGACUGCAGUUUCCCUUUAAUGAAUAAGUAAUUUCAUGCAGGUCAUAACGUGCAGCAUGUUGCAAGGACUAGAAUCUCUGUCCCAAAUAAUGGCAAAAGAAGUGUGACAGACAAAUUAAGUGUUGUUUCCCUUCGGUCAUUUGGAGUCCAACUAAGACCUCAAAAAUGUAGGCUAAUUAGAUUAUAGAGGGAUCUUGAAAUGAUUCCGCACAAAUGUAUUCAAUUAGCACACUAAUAGCCAGGGUGGCACUGCCCCUCCACAAAUUCUGGCAUCCCUAGGAAAGAUGUGUAAAAAGGCCUGUUUAAAAGUAAUCUUUUGGUGAAUUAUCUUAACUGAAAAUAAAAUGGGAAAGGCACCCAUUAAUUGA